ACACCUUUAUAAAGGAGCAGUCAGGCAUCAGGUUUUUACUAGACUUGUUUAGUGAGAGAAAGAAAUUAGUGUUGCCAUGGACCCUCAGGACUGUAGCUGUGCAUCAGGUGCUCCUUGCUCCUGUGGAGAAGCUUGUAAAUGCACAAACUGCAAGUGUAAAUCCUGCAAAAAAAGUUGCUGCUCCUGCUGUCCUGCUGAAUGUAAUAAAUGCAAGCAAGGCUGUGAAUGCGAAAAAGGCAUAGAAAAAUGCAGCUGCUGCAACUAAUGUUUCUUGGGAAGUCUACCUACAACAGUAAUAUUUGUAACUUAACAAACUGACAUUAUAUAAUUGUGUAAAAUAUAUCCUAAUAAACUCUGCAUUGUUUUUCA